CUGACAAUGUCAUCACCCCAGCAGCGACUCUCUUCUAUUUCAAACCAGCUCUCGGGCUCGAGUGCUGCCGCCUCCAGGGAGAAACUGUUGGCCAAGAACCCUGACGAUGUGGUAAUCACGCUCGCUGUUCGAACGCCGCUCACCAAGGCGAGAAAGGGUGGUCUCAAGGACACUCGUCUUGAUGACCUGCUUAUCUCGUUACUGACGAGUGUGCGUGAAAGGUCCAAGCUGGAUCCGAAUCUCGUCGAAGAUGUCUGCGUCGGCAACACUCUCUGCCCUGGCCAGGCAUAUGUUGCGCGCUCUGCCGUGCUCGCAGCAGGAUUCCCUAUAACAACCGCUGCAUCAGUUGCCAACCGUUUCUGCUCUUCUGGAUUGCUGGCGAUUCAGAACAUCGCAAACCAGAUCAUUGCCGGCUCAAUUGAUAUCGGAAUUGCAGUAGGUGCUGAGAGCAUGAGCACCAAUGCCGACGGUGGCGCACCGGACCUGUCCGAGGCGAUCUUGUCGCACCCCAUCGCGUCGCAAAACACGCAACCCAUGGGCCAGACAUCCGAGAAUGUGGCCGGUCAGUUCGGUAUCGCCCGCGAGCAGCACGAUCAAUUCGCUGCCAAAAGCUAUCAGAAGGCGGAGCGUGCCCAGAAGGCGGGAUGGUUCGAGGACGAGAUCGUCCCCGUCAAGACGCAGAUCAAGGACCCCAAGACUGGCGAAAUCAAAUCCAUCAUCGUUGAUAGGGAUGACGGUAUCCGCUAUGGCACAACAGCUGAGUCUCUGGGGAAGAUUCGCUCUGCGUUCCCUCAGUGGAAGCCAAGCAACACUACUGGUGGAAAUGCCAGUCAAAUCACUGAUGGUGCAGCGGCGCUUGUGCUCAUGAAGCGAUCUCGUGCACAGGAGCUUGGCCAGCCUAUUCUAGGCAAGUUUGCCGGAGCAACCGUUGUUGGUUUGGAACCCAGGAUCAUGGGAAUUGGCCCUACCUAUGCCAUUCCCAAGAUUCUCUCGAAGUUCGGUUUGACCAACAAUGAAGUCGACAUUUUUGAAAUCAAUGAGGCGUUUGCAUCAAUGGGCGUUUACUGCGUUCAGAAACUUGGUUUGGAUGAGGCUAAGGUUAACCCUCGUGGUGGUGCUAUUGCCUUCGGUCAUCCCCUCGGUGCCACAGGCGCUCGACAGGUUGUGACUGCCCUAUCCGAGUUGCGACGAACGAACAAAAGGGUAGCCGUCACCUCCAUGUGUGUUGGAACAGGCAUGGGUAUGGCUGGUAUCUUUGUUUCCGAACAUUAGCUGCAUGAUAUGAUGUGUAUAAUUUGUAUAUACCAUACC